AUGGAAUCAGUCCUUUUGAUGAUUUUGCUGAUUGUGAUUAUAUUCAUACGAUUCGUUUUAUGGUCCUGCCUUAGUGCUUAUAUAGAUUACAAACUGUCCCAAAGGUUUCCUGACAAGAGAAAAGAGGACUAAGAUACUUCAAAAGGCUUGUUUGGAUUUGAACUGGCAAUGGGGACAACUGGACAAGGUAAAUGGAGCUAGAGCAGAUUUUACUUUGGGUUCUGAUGAGAGAGAAAUGACCUGCUGAGACUGCAAUUGACUGAAGAGUUUUCAGAAGGACUCAUGCUGACAGAGAGGGGGGGAAAUCCAACAACUGAUUGAGUCAAAUGACUUCCUAUCAGACUAGAGCAAGAAUUUGUUGUUGGGAACAGACUUGUGGACUUUUGCCAAUGAAAUGAUCUGGACAAGCUAGAAGGAAUCUUGUUGGGCAGUCCAAGACUGCCAGUGGCCCAGUCUUGAUACAUGAAAUGCGAUGGCUUAUUGCCUGCUGGACAAACUGCUGAUCUGCACGUUAAGAUGUCAGCUGUACAGCCUGCCUGGAUGCAACAACUGACUGCACCUGAACGAACACGAAGAUUACUGGCCCAGCUUAGGAUCUGUGUCUAAGGAAGCAGAUUUACAGAGUGGAGUUUUACGUGAUUGACUGCCUUGUUGCUAAAUUCUUCUUGUGGUUCAUCCCGGUCAGUCGGAUCAGAAACUGGAUGUUUUUAGCUGUCUAU